AGGUUCCUUAAACCCUAAAAACCCACCUUUUCCUCUCCCGCCACUCUCGCCUGCACUCCUCUGAGCUUCUCUGGGAUUCUUCAGCUAUGGAGUUUUGGGGUGUUGAGGUAAAAAGUGGAGAGACUCUUAAGGUUAAGCCAGGUGAUGGCAUGGUUUUGCAUCUUUCUCAGGCUUGUCUAGGUGAGCUAAAAAAGGAGAAAGGGAAUGAAUCUGUAUGCUUGUCUGUGGAUGUUGAUGGAAAAAAACUUGUCCUUGGAACUUUGUUUUCUGAAAAGCUACCCCAGCAACAGUUUGAUCUAGUGUUUGACAGAGAUUUUGAGCUAUCUCACAACUGGAAAGCUGGAUGCGUCUACUUCUAUGGAUACAAGGCUUCUAAUGCUCCAGAAGAGGAGAUGCCAGUAGGAGAUUCUGAUUCAUCAGAUUCAGAGGAGGAAGAUAUACCAUUAACUGUUGCAAGUAAUGGAAAGCCUGAGCCUAAGGCGAAGCCAGAUACAUCUGCAGAUGCACAAAAGGCCAAGGCUGCCAAGGAUUCUGAUACUGGUAAGCAGAAGGUUAAGAUUGUAGAGCCAAAGAAAGAUGAGAAACCUGAAGAGGAUGAUAGCAGUGAUGAUGACUCAAUGUCUGAGGACGAUGACGACGAUGAUGACUCUGAGGAUGAGGAUGAUUCUGAAGAUGAUACUAGCGAAGAAGAGACGCCUAAGAAGGAUGUGGUGAGCAAGAAGCGAGCCCCAGAAUCUGCCACCAAAACUCCUGUUCAGAGCAAAAAGGCGAAAGUUACUCCUCAAAAAACUGACGGCAAGAAAGCUGGUGGUCACGUGGAUACACCUCACCCAGCAAAGCAGGCGGGGAAGAAGACUCCGGCUAAUAAGCCAAAUCAAGAGUCACCAAAAUCUGGAGGACAUUCCUGCAAGAGUUGCAACAAGACGUUUGGCUCCGAAAAAGGCCUGGAAUCCCACACAAAAGCUAAGCAUGGCAAGUAACUUAUGGGGGGACCUUUUACAGACGAUGCAUAGCCCUUCAGAUGGGUGAAUGAUUGCAUUGGGGGAUUAAUCAAAGAGUGCUGUGAGGUUCUUUUGCAUUUCUUGACAAUUUUGGAUUGAUUGAUUGAAAAUUCCAUAAGUUUUUUUUUUUUUUUUUGCUUUUUCUAGCUCAUCUCUCCUUUAGAUUAACAUAUAUAUAUUUCCCCAUUUAGAUUUUGCUGGCUGUUGGUUUCUUUCGUGCUCUGUUAGGAGCCAUCUUAUCUUACAAAAUAUACUUUGUUUGCACA